UAAUCUGCAGCGGCACUGAGCUGGCUACGUCAUCACAGCGCGACCCGGAAGCGGCACACCAGCAGCACCACGUGUAUGAGCCGGAGCAGACGCAGGAGGCGGCUGGUUCCCUGGUGACAGCUGUAAUAAGCCGCUGUUAGUACAUACACUUUGGUAUCGCCAACUGGGCGGCUUCUGAGGCUUUGCAGGGUCACCGAGCGGAUUGCCGCCAUCAUGAGUUUUGAGGAAUACCGCGAGCUCAUACAAGAUGGAGACACAGCCAUAAUCUAUCUGGGCCAUGACUCCAUGUUCCCAGUGAUCGUACAACAGGGAGGCCAGACGCAAACUAAAUACGGUGUUCUCAGACAUUCCAUCGAUUUGAUCGGGAAGAAAUACGGCUCCAAGGUGACCUGCAGCAGAGGAGGCUGGGUGUACGUUUUAUAUCCGACCCCGGAGUUAUGGACCAUGAACCUUCCGCACCGCACGCAGAUUCUUUAUAAUACGGACAUAUCAAUGAUUACUAUGAUGCUGGAGUUAAAGCCGGGCUCUGUGGUCUGUGAAUCAGGUACCGGAAGUGGCUCUCUCUCGCACGCCCUCAUACGCACAGUGGCCCCGACGGGUCAUCUUUACACGGUGGAGUUCCAUCAGCAGAGGGCUGAGAAGGCAAUGGAGGAAUUCCAGCAGCACAGAGUGGGCCAUCUGGUCACCGUUAAGAACCAGGAUGUGUGCAAGAAUGGAUUUGGAGUGUCUCACAUUGCAGACGCCGUAUUCCUAGACAUACCAUCACCGUGGGAGGCGAUCGGUCAUGCUAAGGACGCUUUAAAGACUGAAGGCGGCAGGGUGUGCUCCUUCUCUCCCUGCAUUGAGCAGGUGCAGAGAACCUGCCUGGCUCUGAUGGAACACGGCUUUACCGACAUUAACACCCUGGAAAUCCUCCUCCGCACGUACGAUAUACGGACAGUCUCUCUGCAGAACCCAAACUUUGGGAGCGCUGAGGAAGAUAAAGGAUGCGUGGAAAGCAGCAGUAAGUCCAAGCAGGAACCCGCUUUCCAACAAGGGGGGAGCACCGUGUUUAAAAGUGCAGUCUCGCCCAGGGAAACCGUGGGUCACACUGGCUACCUGACCUUUGCCACAAAGAGUUUAUUUCAGGUAUUCCCAUAGAAAACAGAAGCAUGCAUACUGUACAUCUGUCAGUAGAGAGCCCCAUAUAUAGACAGACUCCGCUGAAGAAUGCCUUCAUGUAAACAGCACAUUCACAUGGCAGAGGCGUCUGGAGAUUCCAGCGCUGAUUCUCUGUUCUGCCAGCAUACAACUGUCAUAGCCAUUUUUUCUUUAAAGUAUGUGUAAAUAAUAAACUUUUUUUUUUUACUGUA